AUGGCAUUCUUAGGUAUUUUUGUUGGUGGAAGCAAAGUGGUCCAUUUUAACCGUCUCGAGGCCUUUUCUGAUGCUGUUGAUGAUGAAAUAUCAGACCUUUCUUCUUCAUGUCCAACCUUUCCUGACUGUGGAUUUAAGCUACCUAACAGUGGCGUCGUACUUUCAUGUCUGGAUUGCUUUCUCAGCGAUGGUUCACUCUACAGCUUUGAUUAUGGAGUAAGUCCAUCUGUUUUCCUUACCAGAGUGCGAGGGGGCACUUGCACUACUGCAGCAUCAGACCUUCCAGAGCUGGUCAUACACCGAGCAAUGUAUCUUCUUCAAAAUGGAUUUGGGAACUAUAAUGUUUUCCUUAACAAUUGUGAGGACUUUGCGCUGUACUGCAAAACAGGCCUUCUGACAGUUGAUACACGCGGUGUUGGAAGUAGCAGACAAGCUUCUUCUAUCAUUGGUGCUCCUUUAGCUGCUCUUCUUUCCUCCCCUCUGAAGUUGCUAAUUCCUAGUCCUGUUGGUGUGGCCACACUAACAGCAGGGAUGUAUUGUAUGAAUAGAUAUGCAACUGACAUUGGCGUUCGAAGUGAUGUUGUCAAAGUAGCAGUUGAGAACCUGGCGGAGAAGCUUGGCUAUGGAAGCAGUCGUGAAAGAGCCAACGUAGAACACAAGUCUUCUAAUCCAGGAACUGCUAGGUGA